AUGAGAGCCUUCUCUUCCCUAGCCCUGCUUGCCGUUGGUGCGGUUGCCCAGGUAAUUGAGAGCCAGAGUUUUGGGCAUGGUGAAAGGAUAUCUCCAACCCGCCACGAUCUCCCAGGAUGGAACAUUGGCGGAGAGGGCCAUGCGCCUUCUCUUCUCUCCGACAAGCUCAUCUUAACGCCCCCUUACCCCGGAAACACACGAGGAUCCGCCUGGGUACAGAACCCUGCUUCUCAACAGGAAUGGUCCGCAGAGUUCCAAUUCCGUGCUAGUGGUCCCGAGAGAGCUGGUGGCAUUCUCCAGUUAUGGUAUACCAAGGAUGGCCAAGCUCGAGUUGGAACCUCGAGCAUCUACACCGUCGGCCAGUUCGACGGCCUUGCUCUAGUUAUUGAUACGCAUGGUGGACGCGGUGGAAGCAUUCGCGGCUUUUUGAACGACGGAACAACUGACUACAAGAGCCACCGUAGUGUCGACAGCCUCGCUUUCGGACACUGUGACUAUGCCUACCGCAACCUGGGCCGGCCCUCCGUGCUGAAGCUGAAGUACACCAGCUCGAUCCUCGAGGUCACUGUGGACGACAAGGUCUGCUUCUCAACCGCCAAGGUCGCUCUGCCUGCUGGCAACACAUUCGGUAUUACUGCUGCAACCCCCGAGAAUCCCGACUCCUUCGAGAUCUUCAAGUUCAUCUUGGAAUCCGCCUCUGGCCAGAGUGCUCCCGUGUAUCAGAACAACGCUCCCCAGCAGCCUAUUCAGAACCAAGCACCCCCAGCCAACCUUCCUCCCGUUUCCUCUUCUGGCAAAAGUUCUCUCGAUGCCGGCAUUGCCGCUCAGUUCCUUGCCAACAAGGCCACCAACACCAUCCUCCAGGACAUGAGAAGCCAGGCCGCCAAGAGCGAGUCUCGCCAUGCGGAGAUGCAGCAGAACCUGGCCACAAAGAGCGACCUUGCUGCCCUUGACGCUCGCCUUCAGCGCAUCGAGACCCUGCUUCAGAGCGUCCAGCGUGACAUCCAAGGACGGGAUUACAGCGGCAGCUUCAGCCAGCUCCACGAUACCCUGCGGUCGUCGCAUCUCAGCUUGACUGAGAGUCUGCAGGGCCAUUUGCUGAGCGCCAUCACCGCCUCAACUCCUCGCAUGGGCUUCUUCAUCUUCCUGGUUAUCGCCUUCCAGGUCCUCCUUGCCGUCUCCUAUAUCGUCUACAAGAAGCGCCGCGCCAACAUGCCCAAGAAGUUUCUCUAA